CUCACCAUUCGUCCGGCUCGUCAUCCUCUUCUUCAUCCUCCUCCACCUCCACCGGCGGGUUCUCCUUUCUCUCUUGUUCCGACAUUGUGCGUGCUGAUCGACCAACUCUGACGGAGGUUGCAACGGAAUGGCGACCCCCAACCUGACCGGCAAAAAGGUCAACGUGCUGGUCUACUCCGGCAACGGAACCACCGUCGAAUCCGUCCGCCACUGCCUCUACUCCCUCCGUCGUCUCCUCGCCUCCCACUACGCCGUCAUCCCCGUCACCGCCGACGCCCUCAUCCGCGAGCCUUGGACCGCCACCUGCGCCCUGCUCGUCAUCCCCGGCGGCGCCGAUCUCGGCUACUGCCGCGCCCUCAACGGCCCUGGCAACCGUCGCAUCGAACAAUUCGUCAAGCGCGGAGGUGCUUAUCUUGGUUUCUGUGCAGGCGGAUACUACGGAUCUCGACGCUGCGAGUUCGAGGUCGGCGAUAAGACGCUACAGGUCAUCGGGGAGCGCGAACUCGCUUUCUACCCGGGGACGUGUCGCGGAGGGGCUUUCGGGGGUUUCGUAUACCACAGUGAGGCGGGUGCGCGGGCUGCGGAGAUUACGGUGUCCAAGGAUGUCCUGAACGUCGGCAUUGUGCCCGAUCGCUUCCGGUCUUACUACAAUGGAGGUGGCGUGUUUGUUGAUGCACCGCUGUUGGCGGACCAGGGAGUGGAGGUUCUGGCCAGCUUUGCGGAGGAGCUGAAUGUUGAUCCUGGGAAGGGUGCUGCGGCGGUGGUUCUUUGUCGUGUGGGAGAGGGAAAGGCAGUCCUUACAGGACCGCAUCCGGAGUUUGCGGCUGCGAAUUUGGAUAAGAAGGCGGCCGGCCCGGAAUAUGCCAAGGUGGUGGAGGCGCUCGAAGCCGAUGACAAGGCCCGGACGGACUUUCUCAAGGCGGUUCUGGUCAAGCUGGGCCUGCAGGUGACACAGAGCACGACCACCGUGCCGUCGCUGUCAUCGCUGCAUCUAUCUGCACUGGAGCCGACCGACACUGCCGACUUAGUCGCGUCCUGGCAGGAGAUCAUCACCAAGGAUGGCGACGACGAGAUCCUCAAGGAUGAAAACGACACCUUUCGCAUUGAGCGGCCGGGCACGUGGAACUUGAGCCAGCUGGAGGAGUCGCUGCCAGAACCGCAGUCGACGGAGGGCAUUGUGGACUAUAGCGCGAUUGUGAAGCGGCUGGUGGUGCACGACGACGUGCCUUCGUCAAAGCUGACGCCCUACUUCAACCACCAUGCCUUCUACUCCAACCUUCGCCAGUACCAGGCUCAAUCCCGCGAGGGGGCUUCCGAGUUUGGCGCCAACCUGGUGUAUGCUGAGGUGGUGACCAGCACGAACACGAUCCUGGAAAAAAACCCCAAGCUGCUACGCCAGCUGCCCACCGGAUUCACCGCCAGCGCCACGACGCAGGUGGCGGGCCGAGGCCGGGGGUCGAACGUGUGGGUGUCACCCGCGGGGGCGCUGAUCUUCUCGACGGUGCUGCGGCACCCGCUGGAGAAGAUCCAGUCGGCACCGGUGGUGUUCAUCCAGUAUCUGGCGGCGAUGGCGGUGGUGCGGGGAAUCAAGAGCUACGACGUGGGGUACUCGCAGCUGCCGGUCAAGUUGAAGUGGCCGAAUGACGUGUAUGCACUGGACCCGGAGCAGCCGGAGAAGAAGCAGUACGCCAAGAUUUGUGGUAUCCUGGUGAACUCGCACUACUGUGCGAAUGAGUACAUCUCGGUGGUGGGCAUUGGCGUGAACGCGACCAACGCCUCCCCCACAACCUCCCUGACGGCGCUGGUGGCGCGGUUCUUAGGGCCACGGGCGGCCCCGAUCACGCUGGAGAAGCUGCUGGCGCGGAUCUUGACGACAUUCGAAGAGCUUUACAUCCGGUUCCUACGGGCCGGCUUCGACCGAGACUUUGAAGCGAUGUACUAUGAGGACUGGCUGCACAUGCACCAGGUGGUGACGCUGGAAGAAGAGGGGGGCGUGCGGGCGCGGAUCAAGGGGAUCACGCGGGACUACGGGCUGCUGCUGGCGGAGGAACUGGGCUGGGACGACCGGCCCACUGGACGGGUGUGGCAGCUGCAGAGCGACAGCAACAGCUUUGAUUUCUUCCGGGGGUUGGUGCGGCGGAAGGUGUGAUGCGUACCGAGUAGACUAUAUACAUCAUACAAUGAUA